AUGACAUGACAUCGAUGUUACUCCACCUCUAUCGAGGACAACGUAGCGUAGCUGGAGAAGAUCGCCGUCAAUUGCAGCAGGAGCUGGAGAGGAGUGGCCGUUGGUGACGCACAGAUCGAUCUCAUCCAAUUCUGCGCAGGAGCGGCCGGAACCAUGUCGAUGGACGCCACCGCCCUGCCGUCGGAGCUCCUCGUGACCCCGCAGCCGCUGAUUGGCUUCUGUGGACUGGACACCGCUCGGGUGGCGGUGCACAAGGCUGUCUGGGAGGCGUUCAGCGGCAGUUUGCAGCGCAAGGCCGCUGACAGGGCGGCCGUGCAGUACAAGCUGCUGCCCCCCAACUACGAGUUUCCCGUGGCCAAGCCCAAGCGGGCCUCCUACGAGUGGUACCACCCGAAGGGCAUACUCAAGCGCAACUGGAUGCUCAAGCACCUGCACGUCCUGCCCUCGGUGGUGGUGCUGUUCCAGGACAUGGAGUGGAACGACCUCCAGUGGACGGAGAAACAGGUGCAGUGUGCGGCCAUUGUGCAGGCCCUGAAGAACGCCCUGCAGGAGCGGAAUACCCGGCUGUGCCUGGUGCUGCUGCAGAGGGCAGCGCCGCUUCCACCUGGCGAAGAUCUCCUGGCAGCAGAACGAGCCGCUAGUCUGACCAACGCCUGUGGAAUAACCAGCAAGAUGCUCUUCAUACUCCCGCACACGGAGCACCUCACGGGCUACGCCCUGCGGCUGGAGUCCGCCUUCCUGGACAUGGCCCAAUCCUACUACGCUCUCAUGUCCAAGCGGAUUCGCAACCAUCGGGAUCAGCUAACAGCGGCGCACGCCACGCUGAAGAUUCGCCACCAGUUCAAGCUGGGAUUCGUGGCGGAAAUGCGGCAGGACUUUAGCACGGGUCAAAAGCACUAUUUCCAGGCCUAUGCCAAUCUGGAUGAGAUACGCAUGAAUGACGGCAACUGCUUGGAGAUUAAAACUAUGGCCGGGUUUUUGAACUACAAGAUCUGCCGGCUUAUGUUUAAGCUUAAGACUCCGAGGGAUGCCAUCAACCAGUUCAUCAUCCAUGUGGAGAAGUACAAGUCUCGAGUGGGUUUCAAGGAUCUAGCCUUUGAGCACCAUGCCUGGCUAAGCACGCAACAUUCUGUUUUCGCUGAACUGUUUUGCGAGGCCAUCAAGAACGGCCUGCCCGCCCUGCAGACGCAGCACCCCGGAAUCUAUUACCACAAGGCAGCUGAAUAUGUGAUGAAGCGGCGGGAUGCAGCCCAGGAGGCGUACGCAGCAAUGCAAUCAUCCGCAGAGGCCACGCCCGUGGCGAAUCAGAGCCCUUUGUCCCUGUACACAGAGUUCUUUGGCAUCCGGGCGGUAAAGACGGGCGAUCUGGUGGCCGAGCAACAGGCCAAUAUGCAGCUAUGUGAUCAGGAGCGCGGCUAUAACCACUCGUCGGGUAUCAUAGCCCUGCUCAGCCAGGCCAUGGCCCAGUUCAAAAUCUACAAGUGCCUCAGGUUUCGAAAGAAACUAGCAAUUGACAUGGCCGAGGAGUACCUGAAGAGCGGGGAUCAUGCCAAGGCCUUGACUUUGUACUCCCUUAUGCUGCCUGAUUAUCGCCAGGAGAAGUGGUCCACGAUAUUCACCGAUGUUCUGCUGAAGACACUUCGAUGUGCGCUGCUCUCGGCAUCCGUAGCCGACUAUAUCGCGUGCAGCGUUGAGGCGUUGUCCUUGCGACAUCAUGGCGAGCAGGCGGAACGGAUCCUGCUGAUGGAGAACCUGUGGCAGGUGUUUCAAGGUGUGCCACCCAUGCCGAAAACGCAACUGGCGCCCGAGGCGCAGGCGUUGUGGACCAGUGCGCUGGCAAGCAUGAAAUCGCCCAUUCAAAUUGAUUUAGAUAAGGUCAGUGAUGUGGUGGAAAUGUGUGCCACUUUCGAGCGGGUUCAGCUGAACAACGACGACUUGCUGCAGCUUCAACUGAUAGUGCGGGUGCUCACGGAUGUGCCGUUGAGGGUGCGCAACUUCCAUGUCAUUCUAGCCGAUGCGGCUAAUCCGCAGAACAGCUACAAACUGGAGGCACUCAAGUAUUUCUGCUUUCCCAGCCUCUCGCAACUGCGUGGCCAAAAGCAGCCUCAGGAACAACCACGCCAGGAGCCCAAGAACUUUGAGAAGAACAUGAGAUUGGAGCCCGGCUCCUACUACCAGCUGUUCUGCAGCACCGAAGCGCAGCAGUUCCAUGAGAACACACAGCUGCGCAUCGUCCGACUGGAGGCCCAUAUGGGCACCGACCAGGUGGCCGCGCUACUCACGUGCAGCUCCAACUACUCACGCCAGCUGUUUCGCCACCACACGCGCAGCCGCGAUCUGGAUGACAACGUGACGAUCAAUCCCAUUUGCUACAUUGCGCCCACCUUUCAUCUGGACACGCAAACGAACCUUGGCCAUGGAUAUGACAACGGUUCGGAUGAGGAAACGACGGCGGUGGCUACGAGAAUGCUGGUCAACGAGUACUACCCCGUUGUGACCACCGUCAGCAAUCCGUACAAUGUGUAUCUGCAGAAUGUGGGCGUACACAUCAGUGUUCCCGUCGGUCUGAGAAAUAGUGCCACGUUGGUGUAAACACCCGGAAAAGCUGGACGGGCACAGCCGAAUCCCCAGGACACAAUGCCACAAACCUGUCCGCGGUAGACCAAAGGACCGCCUGAAUCGCCGGAGCAGGAAUCCCGGACACCACGCACGGCGGCACAGAGCAUGGAGUCGCUUAUUUGGGCAAACACGGAGUAAGACAGCUGGCAUUCCGCGCCCGGCAGCACUCUCACCAUGGCCGUUCGGACCUGUUUGGCAGGAUCACGGUUAGUCUCGCGGGUCACUCCCCAACCACUAAUCCUGGCAUAUGCAUUGGCCUCCGGCGCAUUGCGACAAGGAGUAAUGGUGGCAACUUUACCCGGAAUUAGAAGUACAGCCUCCUGCAGUUGCAACAAAGCCACGUCCAUGUCGAAAUUGGUGGCAGAGUAGCUGGGCGAAGUGUGGAACAUGGCUACACUGCGAACCACGGGAGCAUCUUCAUCCAACCGACUGGCGCCCGCGUGGAUGGUGUAAUCCUCUGGCUGGGAACCAUAAACACAAUGCGAUGCACUGAGCACCACGCUGGUUGAGAUCAGCGAUCCACCGCAGAUAAAAUAACCAUUCUGGCGCAGAUUAACCAGGUAUGGAACCUGGGAAAUAGUCGUCUCCUUGCCGCCCACUAUGCGAGUUUGGCUGGAGGAACCAAGUGUCAACUGGCAGAGCCACCAGACCAACCACAGGCCAGCCAUGGCGUGUCCAGACUGAUGGCUACCAUGUAUACUGCUGUCUAGUUUGGGAAGUGAUAAUGAUGCUGGCCCGGAAAUAGGUUCACACGAUCUAACCAUUAUUUGGAAUUCCGGAAGAGAUUUCAAAAGUAAUACCCCUCUAUAGUAUAAAUGGCAUAAUAACCUUUUUAUUGGGUUAAAGGUUGAACAAAAUGAUUGACGAAUCACCAGCAAUUUCGGUCCAUGAAGCUCUUCAGCCAGUACGUAAUGAAUGGACUGCUGAGGCGGGUGUAGACCCCUGGGUAACCACUGCCACAACCAUAGCCCCAGGAAACUAUGCCUACGGAGCGGCCAGCGUGGAUGAUGGGUCCUCCGGAGUCACCUUGGCAGGCAUCUUUGGCAUUUUCCCCCAGAGCACAAAACAUAUUGUUCGUAACUCGUUGCUGACCCGAGUCCAUGGAUUUGAUGCACUGCUCCUGCGGGAUGAGCUCAACUUUGGCUUCCUGCAGGCAUUGAUUCCAGUUGUGACCUUGCUCGUUGACCGAGCCCCAACCCAUCACCGUCAGAUUGGCCUUCCGCGGCAGAUCGUUAAAGUCGAUCCUUACCAGACUGGCAUUGCCGGCGAUGUCGAAGGGGCGACUCAAUCGGAUCACAGCCACAUCGGAGUCCAGACCGCGCUGAGGGCAGUAAUACGGCGAUAAGCCCACAUACCAGGCUGGACGCACAUGCUCCGGCGGCGUCGUAUCGCCCAGGCACUGUUGUUGGGCAUGGAUGGUCAAGUCCCGAACGUUUCGAUACCUUCCCUCCAAGCAAUGAGCCGCUGUGAGAACACAGCUGGGCGAGAUUAGGACGCCGCCACAGCGGAAUUUGCCACCACGUCGAAGAUUGACCAGAAAUGAAUGAUCCUUUACUGGCACUGUGUAUCCUCCGAAGAUUUUACCCAGUCGACUAGUGGCGGAGGAACUCCCAUCCAGUUGAUGGAUCAGUGCUAGUCCAAAGAGGAGUUUUAACAUGGUCUACGGAACUCUAAACCAAAUAGGAAGUUUAUAUAUUUUCGAUUAGACCUUCCUGCAUUCCCCAGUUAAUUGCCUUUAGAUAAACUUGAACUAUUUAUUGACCUUAAAAGCUAGGGCUUAAGAUUACGCUCAGGAAUGCUUUUGCACGGUGCUCAGAAACCACUCUCGGAUCACAGGCACACUGGUGUAGACACCAGGCAGAGCUGAGGCACAUCCGUAGCCAAAGGAUACGAUUCCCGCCAGCUCUCCACUAUGCACCAAAGGUCCUCCCGAGUCGCCAUCACAGGAAUCCUUCGUGUACGGCUUGGCGGCACACAUCAUGGAGCGGGUGAUCCGGUGGAUUCCCUUGUACGCAGACACACACGCGGAUCGCGACCACACGGGUACCAUGACACUGUGCACCCGCUUUGCCGUUUCGGCGGCAUCGGCAGUUAAUAAACCCCAACCGGAGACUUUAACCAAGACGCGAGCUGGAACGGAUUGGGAGGCCAAAGCGAUCGUCUCUAUAUUGGCUCCAGUCAUAUCCGAAGUCAGGCGCAAGGCAGCCACAUCCAUGUUAAGCGUCUUCCGAUUGAAAGCUGGAUUUAUGGCCAUGAAGUCUACCCUGCGCAUAAUGGCAUAUGGACCACCCUGAUCGGAGGCACCUCCAUAAAUCCUGAACUCAUUCCUGUUCUUCUUGUAAGCGCAAUGUGCCGCAGUGAUCACCCAACGGGGCUUGAUCAGCGAUCCUCCGCAGAGUUCCGUGUUUGUGGUGACCUGUACGAGAUACUUCUCCUGCUUUAUGCUGGACACCCGACCACCAAUGAUGCGGGGCUGGAUCUCCUCGCUGUCGUUAAAGGAGGCGGAAACCGGUGAGAAUUCCAGAAUUGGGAUAAGAAGCAGCAACAGCGAGGGCAGACUCCGGGCAAUCAUUGUGGCUAUCCAACUAGACUGAAACGAAGCUAGAACAUGAUUUUAUAUCAAGUAAAUCUGGGCGGAACAAGAC